AAGUGUUGACAUUCCUUCAUUUGUUUGCAGGUUCAGAUGGUUUAUAUUCUUAGAAGAUUGGUACAUAGAGGGCUGCCUGUUUUGUGUUUCAAAAGAAAAUUUAAAUGCACUGUCUCCCAGAUGGCAAAGAGUAAGUUUGAAUAUGUCAAGUCCUUCGAAACAGAAGAUAAACUUGAUCCUGGGCAUUGGAUUGUCAUUGCACUACAUUGUCAAAACUAUGACAGACUUUGUAAGGUACAUGGCUUUAAACGACCCAAUGAUCUUCGAUUCACUCAACUCAUGGAAGCUUCAGCAAAAUCAGUCAUGGAGGACUUCAAGGAGCUGGUAAUGGGAUAUGGUUUUUUAGGAGAGUUCAACUUUGUAUUUCCAAAGAGUUCAUCAUUGUACAAGAGAAGAGGCCCUAAACUUUUAACCAAUUUGUGUAGUCUAAUGGCAUCAUCCUCAGUACACAUUUGGCCAUGUUAUUUUAGGUCUGUUUCCCUUUGUUGCCCACCAGUCAUUGAAGGUGCAAUCCACUUAUUCCCAGAUGAUCAGUCAUUACGAGAUUACAUGACCCAGCGUCAACUUACAUGUCAUCACCAUAAUCUGUUUAAUACUGUGUUUUGGGCAUUGGUGUUGAAAGUAGGGCUUUCACCUGAAGAUGCCACUAUUCUCCUAAAUGGUAAAAGGGAAGGAGAACAAAAUGAAAUACUUUUCUCAAAAUGCAAUAUAAAUUACAACACAGAGGAUGAUGUAUUUAAAAAGGGUUCUAUUAUUUUGCGUACCACCAUACAAAUGGCAGUAACUACCCCAAAUGGUUUGACAGCUCAGCGAAACCAAAGUCGUGUUAUUACCAUGUACACAGAUUUCAUCAAGGACAACUUUUGGAAGGAAAUUUUUAUCCUUGAACAACAUACAAAGGUGAAUGCAAAGACAAAUUAUUUAAAGGAUUUUGAGAGGAAACCGAAAUUGCUGCCACAUUCUUGGGUGGUUGUGCGAAUUGAUGGAAAAGGUUUCCACAAAUUUUCAGAGAGGCAUAAUUUUUCAAAACCCAAUGAUAAUAGAUCAAUUGAAUUAAUGAAUAAAGCAGCUCUUGAAGUGAUGCAGAAGUUCCCAGACAUUGUCUUGUCUUAUGGUCAAAGUGAUGAGUACUCUUUUGUCAUUGAUAGAUAUUCAAAGAUGAUGGACCGCCGUGGAAACAAGAUAAUGUCCAACAUUGUUAGUUUGUUUGCUGCUACGUAUGUUUACAAUUGGCAUAAUGUUUUUGGAAACACCACUUUAGAAUACAGUCCAGCAUUUGAUGCUCGGGUGGUUUUGUAUCCAAACAAUUCAUGUUUAUGUGAUUACUUGAGUUGGAGGCAAGCAGACUGCCAUAUCAAUAACAUGUAUAAUACUUGCUUUUGGAUGCUAGUGCAAGUUGGUAAUAAAUCUCGUAAAGAAGCAGAGGAGAGGUUAAGAGGGACUUUUGCUAAAGAUAAGAGAGCCAUUCUUUUGAGUGAUUUUGGACUAGAUUAUGAUGUGGAGGAUGCAAUGUACCGAAAAGGAACUGUCAUGUUUAGACAAAAUCCUCGAGGCAUUGGUGCUGCUUCAUCUCAGCUGGCUGCAAGUAAAUUGGAGCACUUGAGUGGUAAUAGCCAAGGAAAUAUAUCUUCCAAGGCCACUAGUAUUGAGAAAGAGGAAGGUCACUGCAUCACAGUAGUUACAGAACACACAGAUAUGAUUGGUGAUCAAUUUUGGACUCAGAGACCCUGGAUUCUAGGUUUAGAGCAAUGUGCUAAACCACUGGAUAAUUUUUAUGACUAAAACUUUGUAUGUUUUAAUGUUACCAUAUUAUUGAACUGUUUAUAAACUGAUUGUUGAUUAUUAAAUUGAGUCUUAACAGA